CUCGUCCCAUAGUCCGGAGAGUGGCAUUGGUCUCAGCCACAACUCCCUACCUGGCUCCGACACCUACGAUCAGCCUGACGGUGCAGAUGAUGACAAUGCUGAGUUUUAUGAUGCGGAGCCUCUGCCUAUCAUUGGGACUUGCCGGGCACUCUACACUUUUGAAGGGACCAGCGAGGGCAGCAUGAGCAUGAGUGAGGGUGAGGAACUGAACGUAAUAGAGCUGGACCAGGGCGAUGGCUGGACGCGAGUCCGGAGGAUGAGAGUGUUCGAGGAAGGAUUUGUGCCUACUACCUAUAUUGAAAUGGCCCUCUAUAAUAACUGUUGAACAUUCCUACUGAAUAGUGGUAAUGCUUUACAUAGUAUGGAAGUCAUGUAUAGCCUACAUAUGGUAAUAAAUAAUGGUAAGAUAUCAGAGAAAUGGAGCUGAUGAUUACUGUUUUAAGAACCAGUGACAAUAUUGGAAACACUGAAAUUAUUGCUCUUUAGGAAAAUCAUCCUCUUUUUAUAUAUAUAUAUAUAUAUAUCAAUAUAUAUGAAUCCUCAGUGUUGGAGCAUUGGGAGGAAAGUGAUGUGCGUUUUUGUCAGCAAUUUUUUUUCCUGCUGAAAUGCGUCCAAUCACUUCACACUGAAUGUGAAAAUCCUCCCAUUUAAAUACAGUGUUCUGUUGUUAUCUUCCGCCAUUUUUUAUUUCAAUCUACGUAUAAAUCUUCCCAGAAAUAUUGAUUUUUUUGUGUAGCCUUCAUCAAGAUUUUUGAUAUGUGUGUGUGUGUUUGUGCAUAUACUCUUUUUUUAAUGCUCAUAAUUACUCUUUUUAAAUAGAGAUUCUCUUUGAGUUACUGCAUAUGGUAAUUUGAUGGAUGUCACAAAAGAAAAUAUUUGUUUAAUGGUAUUUUUAUGUUACCUGUUUAGCAUGUGUGUAUUUUACAUAUGCACCUUUUCUUCCAUUGUAAAUUUGUAAAUGAUUGUGAAGGGACGACGAGUUCUACCUUUUGUUUUAAUGAUUCAACCUUAUUUCCUUUUUUACUUCACAUCAGUCAUUUCCCAUCAAUAGACCAAGGAAGAGCAGUUUAUAUGAUAUACUGCAUUCUUUUUAUCAAAGGCAAAGGUGUCGUAAUUGAAAUGACAGCCAGCUCAGGACUCACGAAUUUGAAGAUGCAAAUUGCACAGUCUCUUCACCAAAUUUGUGUCUUGCUGAAUGGCCAUUGCAUUGCUAUGUCAUGUCUCUUCUCACACGUGUUUGUUUCUUUAAAGAUAUCAUAAAGACAGGAAAAAAAUGUAAUUUAUGAUGAACUGGGCUAUAGUUUUCUUGUCCCUUUUUUAAAAUGUUUUUUUGAUCAAUCUUGUCAUACAGUUGCUUAUGCAUAUAACAUAUAUUUAAUUGUAAUGGAAGUAUUGCCUGACUGAGAAAGUGCUCAAACAUUUUGGUCUUUACUGUGUAUGCAAAGUACUUCUUGGAAAGAAUGUUUCAUCUCAUUCCAAUAACUGAUAAAUCUUCUCUCUAUCUAUUCACAUAAACAUAUUCUCUUAUUUUGUACAUGUAAAGCAUGUGCCAUGAAUGUGGUGUUGAUGUAUGUGAUGAAUGACUGGGUUAUGUAUGCAUAAUGGAGAUAAAACCAUUUCAAUAUCAACCUUUUAUUUUAUUAUUUUUUACAUUAAGUCCUUUUAUAAUGAUGCAUUUUAUUACUGGCUGUGCAUUUCUAAACAGGUUUGAAUCAUGCAGGAGAAACUGUAUCACUUUCUCUGCUUCAUUUUCAUGCAAUGAAAUGGAUGUCUGUGUAAGUUUCUCCAUUAAGCAAUUGAUUAUGAGUGACCAAUGUCUCAAAGAGUUCUUUUUGUGAAGUUAAACUACAGUCAUAGAUUUAUAUAGUAUUUGUAUGACAUUGUCUCAGCUGUGCCUGGACUCCUGCAAGCUGACUCCCGGCAGUGAUGGAAUUACAUUGCACUUCUGUGAAGUGCCUUCAUAUGUGAAGGGUAAUACUUUUAUAUACUUGUGGAGAUACUCUUUAAGAUACCAUUUAUCUGAUACAGAAAGCUGAAAUAUCUCCUUUGCACAGGACGCUUUGUGGCCAAUACUUGACACAUCCCCCCCAAGAAAACCUGUCAUUUGCAAUGAGUACUACAUUGUACAAUGUGAUCUGAAAACACCUGACUUCACUGUUGCUUAACUGACACAGUAGAUAUUGGUAGAGACAGGUACAUGUGAUCAUUUUGAAGGGCUCUGUCCAGGAGCCCUUUGGCAUGUGCAUCUGUAUUCUCACUAUGCAAUUGUGAGUGUAAGUGACUGCAUGCAUGCCAGUGGUAGAGGGUACCAGUGCAAGUGCUUGUAUAGAUGUGUUUUUUAUAAUGCUCAGCUAUAACUUCAGUAUCACAAGUUUUGAACCACAGUGUCCAAAGUAGUGGUUUGAUGAGUGAGCUUUAACAGCAUGUGUAGGACUGGUGUUGGCCACACGUUCAACUCAUUUCGUUUAUCUAAAAUAGAGUGUGCAUUGUGGAUACUUUAUAAUUAUCCCUUGUGCUGAACCAUGUCAUAGUCUGCAUCAUAGCCUAGAGAGUGACAAGUUGUAUCAUUCCUCUCUCUCUCUCUUACGUGAACUAAAAGUAUUUCAAUUUUUUGACAUCUAUAUGAUAUACGAUGUCUUUUCACUUAGCACCUUAAGACAGUCAAUUUUAUGCUCUGUCAGUCAGAAAGCAGAAUGUAUAGCUCCACAAGUCAGUCAGUCUAGUGUUGGGCAGGAGCACAGUUGCCCAACAGACACUCCCUGAAUCCACAGCUAUGUGACAAAGGAUGAAUACUAAGGACCCUUUAUUCUUGUUUCAUGGAAACCCUUCUGGCGUCCCGUGGUUUAUCUGUGGAGUGAAACACCUGUGCAGACCCUAUAUAACUCUUGUACAUUUUAUUUGUAUUUUGUACAUAUUUUUGUAUUAUAGUAUGUUUUAUAGAACUCAUUAAGGAGAUGCUUUUUUCAUUGUGCUUAUCAGGGAUUAAUUACAUAAUGAUCACAGUGAUCAUUUAAGGCAAGAGAUAACAAAUUGCUUGGCUUUUCAUGUCAGCCUCGUAGUUACACCCUGGUAAAUGAUGUAUUAAUAUUAUAUCUAUAAUAAAAAAGAAUGUCUGUUUA